CGCGAGCCGCGACUCUGAGAUGAUUGUCAGCAGGCAGGGCAGCGGAGGCUGGCGUUUCCUCUGGGGCCCCGUCGGUGACUGGGGGGAGGUGGAGAGAUUUACAAUCACACCCAGUCAAAGUGCUCCGCUGCUCCACACAAAAAAAAAAAAAAAGAAAAAAAAGAAAAAGGAAAAAAAGCCCUCCCCAAGACACCGGGAGACAGAGCGCUAGGGCUGCACCUCACAACAGACGCGCAAACCAGGAGGGACGACGCGCUUUGAUACUCCGUUAAUUACUCAUGUGAUGUGAUUCGGGCGUCCCGGGGCAACAGCCGAAACUUCUUCAGCUGGUUCCAGGGGAGGCAAACAUUUUAGGAAGGCUCUCUUGUGGAUUCUUAUCUCUUUUUGCCUGCAAUCGAAGUGUGGAGUGUGCGUGAACAUGGCCUUUACAGUCCUGCGCGCGUUGCAGUUGGUGAUCUACAUGGCCGGCACUGGAAUGUGUCAGACAAACAUUAUGACCAAAUUCCCAGGCACUGGCUCCCCCAUCCCGACUCAGCCCGCCGUCCUGCACAACUCCGGAGCCCCGACCCACACCCCCCUCACGGCCGGUCCCUCACUUUUCAUCCCCGAAUCCGACAGCACCCCGGCCCCUGACCCCCCGUCCACGUCCGCCGACCCAGCUGCCUCCAACCCCCUCUCCGCCAACUCCUCGGACCCUGUCCAAAACUCCACUGGUCCCCAGGCCCACCAGCCCGAUUUACAGCACAAGAUACGGAGAAUCCCUCCGUGCAACAGGUCCACCCCCAUCGCCAUCAAAACGCACUUCAAGUACAUCAACACGGUGAUCUCCUGCAUCGUGUUCGUAGUGGGCGUGGUGGGCAAUGCCACCCUGCUGCGGAUUAUCUACAAGCACAAGUGCAUGAGGAACGGGCCCAACGUGCUGAUCGCCAGCCUGGCCCUGGGAGACUUGAUAUACAUCAUCAUCGACAUCCCCGUCAACGUCUAUAAGCUCCAGAUGAUGCAGUGGCCCUUUUCUCAAAAUGCCUUUGGUCUGUUCCUCUGCAAGCUAUUCCCAUUCCUACAGAAGUCCUCAUUGGGAAUCACAGUAUUCAGUCUAAUGGCUCUCAGUGUGGACAGGUACAGGGCAGUGGCUUCCUGGAGCAGAGUGCAGGGAGUGGGCAUACCGAAGCAGACAGCCAUCAAGAUACUCGCCAUCUGGGUCCUAGCCAUCGUCCUUGCGGUGCCCGAUACCAUCUGUUUCAACAUGGUCGAAUCCAGCCAUGGCAGCAUCUCAUUUCGCACCUGCAUGCUUAAACCACCGAACGGCACCAUGGAGAUGUAUGUGCAUGUGAAGGACUGGUGGUUCUUUGGGUUUUACUUCUGUAUGCCCUUGGUCUGCACGGCCAUCUUCUACACCCUCAUGACGAUCAAGAUGCUCAACCACAGAAAAGGCAGUCUGAGGAUUGCUCUCAGCGAACACCUUAAACAGAGGCGGGAGGUGGCUAAAGCUGUCUUCUGUUUGGUUCUGAUAUUUGCUCUGUGCUGGCUACCUUUGCACAUGGGCCGCAUCCUGAAAUGGCUUCUGUACAAACCAGAGAGCCCCGACCGGUGUGAACUUCUCAACUUCCUGUUGGUGCUUGACCACUUGGGCAUUAAUUUGGCAACUGUGAACUCCUGCAUCAACCCCUUCAUCCUCUAUUUUGUCAGCAAGAAGUUCAAAAAUUGUUUCAAGUCUUGCCUGUGUUGCUGGUGUUACUCUGGGACAUUAGCCGCCAGUACACCGCAGAACGGCACAAGCAUCCAGCAGUGGAAGAACCAGGACCCCAACAACCAACAGGCGGACCACAGCCAACGUAAAGACAGCGACUGAGUCAUGCGCUGACUGUGGGCCUGGGGAGAGGGGGGUUUCAGCGCUUUUAAAGAGGGCAUUUGGGCCCUUUCCAUACAAGGCACUGAGGAUACACUCGCUUGUGCAGAGCACCGUAACAGUUCUGAGCCAAACGCAAUGAAAAAAAAAAAGCUAAUUGUGUACAAGUACACAGACAAUGGGACCGAUGUGCUCACAGCGUUUCCCAGAUCGCACAGAUUUGGCAGCGAGCGUUUUUCCUGAGACGAUGAAAGCAUUGUUUGCGGCGGAAGAGGAGGGGAGAGAGAUUGGAACAGGAUACACCUGAAGCCGAGCUGUGCGUAAACCUAAUCAGCGGCCUCGCACUGAGGGCGAGGCUUCUGGGAACAGUAGGAAGGAAAUGCGGAGUGGCCUCCAUGUCAGAGCUAAUGAAGGAACCCAAGGCUACUGUCAGACCAGGGCCCUGUCCUAGCGUCCUCCUCACUCACACUCAUAUUCUACAUGUACUACGCAGGGUAUUUAUACACAUCUGUGCACUUGGUCUAUGAAUGCAUACACCCAAACAUAUCUGAAGUAGGCUUGUUCAUAAGGUGAUGUACACACUCCCUGGAAGACUGAAAUGAGAGCCAUUGAAGUGCAAGCAGAGGUUGUUUCUUCUUUUAACCUCAUAAGCGUUUGGAUUAUAAAAGGUUAUAUGCUGUAUUAAAAAUGUACUUAUGUGAAUAAUCCAACAGAAUAUUUUGUAUGUGCUCACACCGCAUUGUAUAACCAUCUGAGCACGUUAGGAAAAGAAAAGCAUAACGCAUCACUUUCAAUUGAAACGAAGAGGUGUUGUCACCUUGAUCCACUCUUAUAAGUUCAUUAGCAUGGGUAUGCUUGGAACUGUAUUUUGUGAGUGAUUCAUGCACACUGUUCAUUUGGGCUGUUGGGUGGUCCAUUCUGUUAUGGCAGAGGUCUAAUAUACUGAUGGGCCCUGAGGUUUGGCAUCGAAUCUGGACCGUGGCUUGUAGCACUGAAAAGUGAGAUUGGCUGCAGCAUUACAUUAGGGAUAGGAGGGUUUCAGUUACAGUGCCUUAUCAAGCACAAACAACUCCCAUUGGAUGAUCAAGUGAAUUGAAUUCAAUUCAAUUCAAUUAGGGCGGCAUGGUGGUGCACUGUCGCCUCACAGCAAAAAGGUCCUUGGUUUGAAUCCAGGGGAUUUCCGUGUGGAGUUUUCAUGUUCUUCCUGUGUCCUGCGGGUACAGUUUCCUCCCACAGUCCAAAGACGUGCCUGUUAAUUGGAGAGUCUAAAUUGUGAGUGAAUGGUGUUUGUGCCCUGCGAUGGACUGGUGUCCUGUCCUGGGUGUAGUGUCAUCCUCCAGCUCAUGUCCAUGGAAGCGUGACUUGAUGUGCAUUAAGAAGCAGUGCUUGGCAUGUCAUGCUUGGGAGCAAGCAUGUGCUCAUAAUAUACAGUAUAUAAUAUAAUAUGUGGUUGGACAUUCCCAACUAGGGAAUCGAAAUAAAAUAAAAAAUCAUAAAUACUCUUCAUUUAACACUUUACAUGUCUUAAGGAAGAUCUCAAAUACCAUGGAGAAUUAGGUCACAGACAAAAUUAUACCUGCCAAUAUUGCCAAGGAAAAGUGAAUGUAAAUAUGUAACAGUCUAUUCCAGAUAUACAAAUGAAAAACUGCAUAUAACAAUGCAUUCAGCCAAAGCUUUAUAACUGUGAAACAUGUUCUUCAACUGUACAGUAAAUCUAUCAUUAUUACUGAGUUAUUCAUGUUUGUAUUCUCUGUAUUGUCAUGUUUGUGUAUAAAAAUCAUAUUUUGUGUAUGUCAUCCAAUGCCUGGAGCAGGAUUGACUUGGUCUUGUUUAAGUCUGAAAUACUAAACUGUGGAUGGGAGGUGUACAACGUAACCUAAAGAAAGGGAAAACUUCACUCAUAAGGAGCAUGUGUGCAUUUCCAUAUUUAUGAUUUUAUUUGUGUGCGUGUGAGAGAGUGAGAGAGAGACAAACUCAAGACUUAUACCACCAAUAUUGUAAGAAAUUGCUUUGUAAACUGUAUGUACUGCUUAUGUCCACGUUUUAUUUUUUUAACAACAUGAGGUGUGACAAUUUUCAGCAUCACUCUCUCCUUAGAAUAGUCAUGUAACCUCUCUGCACAGAUAAACAAGAAACAACAUAUUUGUGAAAGAUUAAUUAUGAAUGGUCAACAGUAUUAAAAUACUCUAUAUUCAGAGUCAAUACAUUGCACUUAAUAUUUGUGAACUUGUUCAUGGGAUCUUUUUUCAAGGCAAUGUUGAUCAGCAGAACAUUAUCAAAUUAUCGAAGUUAUUGCUGUGAUCUUGCAUUCUCCUGUAUUCAAGACAUUUUUAAAGUAUUUCACUGUGGCACUUAAGAUGGCAACAGUAGCUUUUGGCCAUCCAGUAUUUGCAAAAGCAGGUUUCUUUUUCUUAUUAACAU